CUCAUCACUCAAAAGACAACGCAUAAACCGACAACACAACAACAAACAAAACAUCAAUUUCUUCCAUUUCCACCUAAGACAACUCUUUUUACGAAAGCAACCACCAAAAGACACCUAAAACAAAAACCCUCUACAAAUCCUUCACAAUGGGUGGCAUCAUGUCUUGUAUCCGCUCCGUCUUCCAGACCAUCGGCGACGCCAUCAUGGCCGUAAUCAGCGGCAUCGGCAACAUCAUCCACGCCCUCAUCAGCGCCGUCGUCCGCUUCUGCGGCAUCAUUGUCAGCUUCUUGACCUGUGGCUACUGCGGUAGCCGUUCCGGACGAGCUCGCCGACGCACCGGUCGACACAUGCGGACGACGAGGGUCUAGGGGAGGAAGAUUCCUAUUGUGAAGAGGAUCUGAGGAGAAAGAUUGCGACACGGGGAGAGCGAGUUUGGAGAGAUUCAUCAUGAAACGGCCGACUGGUUUUCCUUUUUGUAUGAUUGCGUUAGCAUAGGAUACCCAAUCCACCUUGUUCUGUUAAAC